UUGUUUCAGUUCAGAGGAAGUCGGUCGGCUGCUAGUCUUCGCUACAAAUGGCUGAAUGAGCAGUGUCCACGAUGGAACAGCGAUGACUGGACAAAAGAAGAGCUGCAGAAGCUGAAAGAUUAUCGCGAAGAUCCUUCAUUCACUUCAUGGGCAGCGCUCGCAAAGAAGCUUGAGACUCGACGUUCUCCAUAUAUGUGCUUUGAAAGAUAUCGCAGCGAUCUGUAUAAGAGAUCCAAAGACUGGACAAAAGAAGAGGAUGAUCGGCUGAUUGCUCUUGUCAAAGUGAUGACUGUGAACGGAAAUGUGCAGUGGGAUAAAGUCACCUUCUAUAUGCCUGGUAGACACCGUCAGCAAGUUCGAGCUAGGUACCAGCAUACGCUUGACGAGAAUGUUCGACAUGGACGUUGGACGGAUCACGAAGAUCUGCUGUUGAUGUCAGCUGUGGCUCGGUUUGGUGCCAAAGAUUGGGGCAAGAUAGCAAAAGCAGUCUAUGGGAGAUCCGACGGGCAGUGCAGGGAGCGAUGGUGCAAUGUACUCGACAAGUGCACUGAAGCUGGAGACUGGACUGCUGAAGAGGAUGAGCGCCUUAUAUAA